AUUAUUUCGUGGCUCGCGGUGUAAACAAACAGCCUUCAAAAUUAUCAAGAACGCGCAACCAGCGGGCCGCAAGUCGCUGACGAAGAUGGCAAUUCAACUGGACAAGAUUCUGCAGGACAUCGCCAAGGAGAAGGUGCUGCAUCCGAACAAUGGCGGCGCGAGCAAGCAGGAGCAGGAGGAGGCGUGGGCCAGGAUCGGGCGCCUCAACAAGCUCUCCGUGCACGAGUCGCGCUCCAUCUUCAUCGUGCUGCAGAAGAAGUACGAGCAGGAGAAGCUCAAGGGCAACUCGGCGUGGAAGCUGUUCAGCCUGAUGCACCAGAUCCACCAGGAGCCCAAGGUCUCGGUGAAGGAGGAGGAGGACGAACAAGUUCCCAUGGACGAGGUGGAGGAAUACGAGAUGCUCGAGGUGCAGGAGCCGGAGGACGACGAGGAGGCUCCCCAGUUCGGACAGCCGGCCAACUCCACGGGCUCGGUCUCCUCGGACGGCGAGAGCCCCACAAAGUCGCACAGCACGGGCUCGCCGGAAAAGGACGAGCGGGUGUACUCCAAGCCCAACGUGGACACUCCGCGUCCGGCCUUCGAAGAGAAGAAGCUCCUCAACACGCUGGCCAACAACACACCGCGCUCCACGACCACAAACAACAGCUCGCUGUCCGCCGCCGCAGCAGUGCUCCAGAAGAAGGGAAUCACCGUGAAGAAGACCGCUGGCUCAGGAGCAGGAGCUGCGCUUAAAUCCACAACUGGGCAGCCUGCAGCAGCCAGUGGUCUGAGAACCAGCUCCUCGCGCACCACCAUCCAGCUGCCAGAGUCCUUGAAGCGUAAACUGUCCGAGGAAUACACCUCCUCGCCAGCACACAAAAAGCAGUCCAAGGUCCCGAGUCCGAAACCGGCAGCUCAGCCCGCAGCCGCCCCUCCGCCGGUCUCCAGCGUUCCAGACUCCCUUCCCGCCGGCAACGUCGUCCACACAACCACUGCCCAGCUGAUGCAGGUCAAGAAGGAGCGCGAGGACAACCAGACACCGCCGCCGGGCAUCAACAUUAUCACCAUUCCGGCAGCGCAACAGAUCAACGGAGGGGGACCCACCUCCUCCACGGCCGCCACCAUUGCUUCCACCUCGGUGGCAUCCACGAACGGCUUCUCGCCGCACAUCGAGGAGCUGGACUUCAAGAACGACAUAAUUUUCGACUCGAAGAUCAACGCCGCCUCCUCCAACACACCCGAGAUUAUUAACCUUGGCAACUUUGACAACUCGCUGCCUCCGACCUUCUUCAAGAAUCUGUGCAACUCUUCGCGCCACGAGUCGCUUGGCCUGUACGUGGCCAAUGUGAUGAACCGACUCUCUUCGCGAGCCUCCGCCAAGCUCGAGCUGGGCAUCUUGCGCGCCAUACUCGAUGUGCAGAGCGACGAACUGGAGCAGUAGCCCGACUGAUACUCGAAAUUUAAAUGAUUAAUCAGCUUACAUAUUAGACAAACUUGAUUGUAGUUAUGUAGACCUGUCUCAACCCUUCCUGCUAUUUUCUGUAUUAUUUGUUUAAGUGUCAGUGUUGUUGCGGAUCUACGUACUGUUCGGUUCGAUUUUUGGACGGAUUUAAAGCGGAGGUCGCCAAGGGAAGCAUAGUAAUUUUUUCCUUUUCGAAUUUUCUGUUGGCUCCCACUGACUUUAAGCGUUACUCUGUGCGUGCCACAACGCUGCAUCUUAAAUGUAUUGUAAGUUUUUAGAUUGGAGUCGAAUUCACUUGUCCCUAGCUUAAGGUCAAAUGUGUCACUUGAUUUUAAAAUACGUUCAUACGCAAAUAAAGCUACAUAACUUACUUGAA